UGCAGCCAAUUAAGCCGACUGUGCUCUUUUCCUCAUGGGGGCCCAGUGUGCAAUGGCUGCAAACAGCAGCCUCCUUGGUAGUGUAUGCAACCUGUUGCCUGUACAGGUAGCCCUAAGGGACCUUGGAGACAACUCUUCCUAGUGGGCAUUCAUGACUGGCCUGCUGUUUCUCAAUCUAGACUCCAGACAGGUAUGCGUGGUGCCUUUGGAAAGCCUCAGGGCACAGUGGCCAGGGUCCACAUUGGCCAGGUCAUAAUGUCCAUCCACACCAAGCUGCAGAACAAGGAGCAUGUGAUUGAAGCCCUCCGCCGGGCCAAGUUCAAGUUCCCUGGCCGUCAGAAGAUCCACAUCUCCAAGAAGUGGGGAUUUACCAAGUUCAAUGCGGAUGAAUUUGAGAACAUGGUGGCAGAAAAGCGACUCAUCCCGGACGGCUGUGGGGUCAAAUACAUCCCUAAUCGUGGUCCCCUGGACAAAUGGCGGGCCCUGCACUCAUGAGCAUCAGCUCUGUUCCCUCCUUAAUCACGCUCACCAAUAAAUGCUAUUUCCUGUCAAAAAAAAAAAAA